GCCUCGUCGUCGCUCACAAUGGCCUCAAAAGAACUCAAAGUCUUCACCCGCGAAGAAGUCGCAAAGCACGACGAGGACGGUGAUCUUUGGAUCAUCAUCGACGGCAAGGUCUAUGACAUUAGUCGUUUCAAGAAUCUACACCCUGGAGGUGCCUCUGUCUUGUUGGACGCCGAAGUUGCUGGCAAGGAUGCUACCGAAGCCUUUUACGGCCUUCACCGACACGAGGUCAUCGAAAAGCCUCAAUACAAGCGCCUCCAGAUUGGCGUGAUUGAGGGCGAGAAGAGUGUCAUCCACAGCCAAAUCGUCGGCGAACUCUCUAAGGUUCCCUACGCCGAACCAACUUGGCUUUCUGCUGGCUACCACAGCCCUUACUACUCGGAUAACCAUAGGCAAUUCCAAAAGGCAGUACGGAAGUUCAUCGACGAGGUUGUCACACCUGAUGCCCGCGCCAGAGAAGAAGAUGGAAAGCCUCCUAGCGCAAGUGUCAUAGAAGCCAUGGCCAAGCUCAACCUCCAUGCCAUGCGAAUGGGCCCCGGCAAGCACCUCAAAGGCCUUGAGCUCAUGGGAGGCAUCGUUAAGCCCGAGCAAAUGAUUAUUACCCAAGAGUUUGCACGAGCCGGGUGCCGAGGCUAUGGAGAUGGUCUCAUGGCCGGCUCAGUCAUCGGCCUCCCUCCCGUUCUCAACUUUGGUAGCGAUGAGAUUAAGGCGAAGGUCGUUCCGGACGUUUUGUCCGGGAAGAAGCCUAUUUGCUUGGCUAUUUCUGAGGCCUUUGCUGGUAGCGAUGUUGCUGGUCUCAGGACCACUGCCGUGAAGACUCCAGACGGCAAGCACUGGAUCAUCAACGGAACCAAGAAGUGGAUUACCAACGGAACAUUUGCCCAUUAUUUCACCGUCGGCUGCAAGACCGAGGACGGUUUCACUGUCAUCCUUGUCGAACGUGGCGAGGGCGUCGAGACCAAGUCCAUCAAGACUAGCUACUCCCCGACUGCUGGCACUGCCUUCAUCACCUUCGACAAUGUCAAGGUGCCGGUCGAGAACACUCUUGGCCCGGAGGGUGGAGGAAUCUUCGUUAUGCUCAGCAACUUCAACCAUGAACGAUGGGUCAUGAUCUGCUCGUCUGCCAGGAGCCAGCGACUUAUUGUCGAAGAGUGCUUGAAGUGGACUACCCAGCGGAAGGCUUUCGGAAAGCCCUUGCAUUCCCAGGCUGUUAUUCGGAGCAAACUUGCCGCCAUGAUUUCGCGAGCUGAAGCUGUCCAAAGCUGGCUCGAAAACAUCACCUAUCAGAUGAACAACAUGUCCUACAAAGAACAAGCCAAGUACCUUGCCGGACCCAUCGGUUUGCUCAAGAUGACUUCGACCAAGUUCGCCCAGGAAACUGCUACUGACGCCGUUCAAAUCUUCGGUGGCCGCGGAAUUACUCGAACUGGAAUGGGUCAAUUCAUCGAACAUUACCACCGCACUGUUCCCUUCGAUGCUAUUCUCGGUGGAGCGGAGGACGUUUUGGGCGAUCUCGGCGUUCGCCAGGCUAUUCGACAGAUGCCCAAGGAUGCCAGACUCUAA